UGCGUAUAUUGCUCUAAAAAGGAGCGAGGCCUAGGCGAUCCUUCUCUUACGGAAAAAUUUGCGAGUAUUUAAAUAGUAGAAUUUUUUUAAUCAGCUCAUGAGGUUAUAGAAACCCACAAGCCACUAGCGGUUUGCAUACGGAAUCAUUCUGGUCGUCAUUUAAAGUUGCGUUUAAAAUAUUGCAUGAAGCAGCAAGAAUCUUAUGGCGUAAUAAUUUCUUAAUUAUAAUAAGCCUUAAAUGCGCUAUAUUAAACAGUGUGGCUAGUCGGGCGGAAAGUAUACUUGAAUAACAAAAAGCAGUUAGCAAACUUUGCGGUUCUUUUUAAAGUGCGGUCAAUUUUACUGGUGGUGAAAUAUUUCGGUAUAUUUUAUAUUCAGCGCACGGUCACACUGAUGUUUAUACAAUACAAAUACUUCAAAACAAAACAAAACAAUAAAAACGGAUGCACUUCUCAUCGUCAUUUGAUAAGGUCAUACAGUAUGAGUCUCACACAACCAUUGAAACGUUUGUUGCAUACAACUUUUUUGCUGCGCAGCGCCAUAAAACGAACUCAUCCCUCGGCGGAUAGCAACUCUCAGCCCAUUUCGGAGGCGUUGCUGGCUCAGGUUAACAAGCAAACGCCGCAGCUGCGUCUGCUGGAGAUAGCCUCUGGUUCGGGACAACAUGCCGGGUAUUUGGCGCCAUUGAUGGUCAACAUUAGCUAUCAAACAACAGAAUAUGAACGCCGGGAAUUUGAUUCAAUUGCUGCCUAUGCAGCUGACUGUGUCACAGGAAAUAUUUGUGCUCCGCUCUUCGUAGACAUAUCGCAGGACCUGUCGGAUUGGGAGGCCAAAACACUGGAGCAUGUGAAGCCCGCAAGCUAUGAUUACAUGUUAAACUGCAACAUGAUGCACAUCAGUCCCUGGAAUUGUUCCAUUGGCCUAUUUCGUGCAGCGGGUCAAUUGCUUAAACCCGGUGGCAAGCUCUUCACCUAUGGUCCUUAUGCUCAUGAUGGGCAGCUGACGCACCAAAGCAAUGUGGACUUCGACGCCAACCUCAGGAGUCGUAAUGCAGAGUGGGGCAUCAGAGAGUCGAAUGGCUUGAAGCUGAGCCGCAUCACUGAAAUGCCAUCGAACAACAAAUUCGUGACUUGGCUCAAGUCGUGAACUUUUCAUGAUUUACAAUUAUAAAUAUAUGCUAUUAACUACAAUUAAAGGUUAGACACUUUAAACUUAUAAUUGUAAGCGUAGACACAAUGUUUUAGGUUUAGAUAUUGUCAAAGAUAUAACCAAAGAUUAAAUUGUAA